AUGGAAGUUGAAGAAGAAGAGUCCGGUGGCAUCGUCUCCAGGGUGACGAUUAUGUACCUUCCUCUCUUUCAGAUGAGGAACUGUGGAAAGAGAAAACAUUAUAGAGCUUAUAAUUAUGGAAUAAAUAUUCAUGACGAAGCUGCUGUUCUUCCUGAAGCUGCGGCUCAUGAAAAGGAAGAUGAAGCUGCAGUUCAUGAAACUCCUCAUAAAGCUGCGGCUCAUGAAGAGGAAGAGGAAGCUGAAGUAGCUUCUCCCAAAGCUCAUGAAGAAGAAGAAGAGGAAGUUGCUACACAUGAAGGGGAAGAGGAAGAGGAAGAGGAAGAGGAAGAAGAAUCGUCCUCUGAUGAUGAAAUGGAAGCUGAAGAAGAAGAGUCCGGUGGGAAUCGUCCCCGGGAUGACGAUUAUGUACCUUCCUCCCUUUCAGAUGAGGAAGCCAUGGAAAGAGAAGUAACAAUCCUAAAGAAAACGCGUCGAAAAUUUAUUUGA